AUGGGAAGUGGGCAGGGGGCUCUCGACUUCAUCGUCACUAGAGAAGUGGGUUCUCAGCCAGAAGUCUGGGAAGGUGGGGAGGUUGAGGUCGAAUUUUCGGUGGCUGUUGGAGGAGCCAACGUCUUCGGAGGAGGUGACGUCGGACCUGGUGGUGGUCGUGGCUGUGGUUCCGCCGCCAACGAUGCCUUUGUAGUGGCAUCGCUUGUGACCACCGAGGGCUUGACCGGUGGGGAAGGACUUGUGGUAGAUGGAGCACUCGAGGGUCCUGAGGGAGCUGGCGGAGUUAGCGGUGGUGGUGGUGGCAGUGGAGGUGGAUUGUUCGUCGAGGGCAGCUAG